AUGUCGCGUGGCCCCUACCACAGUAAGGGACUAGAGGUGGCGCACGAGAGCGCGGCGGGCGGUGCGGCGGCGCCGGGCUCCCCGCAGCACGCGCCCUCGCCCCCCCACGCGCCCCGCCUGCCGCCCGACACCAGCUUCCACCAGCAGAUCAUGCAGAAUCAGAGCCCGAGAAAGAACCAUAUCGCGGAGAGAGCGAAACAAAGCUUAGAGAAUAAUUUCCUGAUGCAACUGAAGAAGCAACAACAGCUGCAACAGGAGAUCCUUCUGCAGCACUUCCAGCAGCAGCGGCAGCAGCUCGCCGAACAGCAUGAACAGCAACUCAGGCAUCAUCUGAAGCUGUGGGAGCAACAGAAAGCGAUGGAGGAGGCGGCGCUGCGAGAGGCGCGGGAGGCGAGGGAGGCAAGAGAGGCCCGCGAGCGCCACGAGAGGGUCGAACUCCUCCGCAAGAAGGACAAGCACGAGCACAGCGCCAACGCCUCCACGCAGGUCAAGCAGAAGCUGCAGGAGUUCCUAAAGAAGAAACAGGCUGCGGCGAAUGCCAACGGAACAGUUCCUGGAUCACCGUAUAGAAAUUGGGGAAUAGUGAAGUCGUCAUCAGGGGAGUCUAUCACGUCCACUGGUGCGACGGCGACAGCGCACCCAUACCGGCUGGCGGCGCCCCUGCCCCUGGCGCUGAACGCCGCCCCGCCGCAGCCCUCUCCCGCCGACUACCCGCUGCGAAAGACCGCGUCGGAGCCCAACAUGCUGAAGGUGCGGCUGAAGGCGCGCGUGAUCGAGCGGCGCGCCUCGCCCCUCGCCCGCCGCCCGCUCAAGACCAGGGUCAAGCACCGCAACUGCGAGGGCGGCUCGCCGCGCAACUCGCCGCCCGGGGCCACGGCGCCCAUCCGCGAGGAGGAGGAGGCGUGCUCGCGGGCGCCCGAGCUGCUCUUCUCGUCGCCCUCGCUGCCCAACAUCUCGCUGGGGCGGCCGCACGCGCCGCACACCGCCCACGCCGCCCACGCCGCCCACGCCGCCCACGUGGCGCACGCCGCGCACGCGCCGCCGCCGCCGCGCCACGCGCACGUGCCGCCCGCCGCGCCGGUGUCGGCGUCGCUGCCGCCGGUGUCCGAGGCGGAGGCGUACUGCGCCGCGGGCCCGGCGCCGGCCGCGGUGGGCGCGCGCCUGCCCAAGCGGCCCCUGGGGCGCACGCACUCGGCGCCGCUGCCGCUGGGCGACCCGGCGCUGCAGCCGCCCAGCGCGCACCACUACCUGCGCGACCAGAUCCGCAAGACGGUGCUGACGCGCGCGCACGACGCGGCCGCGGCGCAGCUGCGCGAGGAGGAGGCCGAGGUCAUCGACCUAACGGCGCGCCGCGCGGCGCCCGUCACGUGCUCGCCCUCCGCGCCGGCCGUGGGCGCGGCGGCGGGCGCGCCCGAGCCGCUGCCGCUGGCGCGCGCGCUCAGCUCGCCGCUUUGGUUACUAACUAGGUCGAUGCACUUUUUACUUGUCCUCGUG